CCUACUUCUAUAACUGGACUUGUGAAUACAAAUUGCUAAAUUAUGUCAAUUUUUUAAAGUUCCUAACUUACUUAUUCCUGGAAAUUGAGCACUUUUCAAUAAAAAUACAAUCGUUUCAUCCACUAAGUGUUUCGAAGGUAAUAUUUCGUAGAACAAUAGCUCAUUUUAUUUCAAAUUUACGCAAAUAGCUUCCAUUAACCGAUCUAUUCAGCCGGGUUCGAGGCCACGUGACUUGACGCCUGUUUAACUGACUCACGUGACUUGGACCCUCUGUCCAAAAUCUAGUUCCGCCGCUGCCUUCUUAUUUAUAACUUUCCGAAGUAAGAUAAUCGUAUGACGCUACCCGUCCGGCACAUGGCCGCUCCGUUGGGCAAGUCAGUGUUAAAAUAAGCGUCUCGACGCCGGGUCGCCGUCGCCGUCGCCGCGAAAGUCGAACCUGUGCACGCGUGUGGCUUAAGCACAUCGACGAUGGACUUCCGUCCGCUGCAGCGCAAAGCUCGGCCUCGUUAAUGGUCGGAAAAUGUUGGACAUCUUCCGCGGACUCAAGUCCCUCAUCAGAGUCAACCACAUCCACACCGAUUCGCCCGUUUUUCGUCUGCACUAUUCCAUCACGGUGCUCAUUCUGGUGGCCUUUAGUCUCAUCGUGACGACCAGGCAGUAUGUGGGCAAUCCCAUCGAUUGUAUCCACACGAAGGAUAUUCCAGAAGAUGUGCUUAACACUUACUGUUGGAUCCAUUCCACCUUUACCAUCAAGCAGCAGCAAGGGCCGAGGGCUGAGCCGUUUAGUUAUCCAGGGGUUAAGACGACCAUCGAUGAGAAAGACAAGAAACUUGUCAAGUAUUACCAAUGGGUGUGCUUUUGCCUGUUUUUCCAAGCAAUCCUGUUCUACACGCCCAGAUGGCUGUGGAAGUCUUGGGAAGGUGGUAAAAUCCACGCUUUGAUGAUGGAUCUGGACGUGGGUGUGUGUUCCGAAAUCGAAAAGAAGCAGAAGAAGAAGCUGAUGAUCGACUACUUGUGGGAGAACUUGAGAUACCACAAUUGGUGGGCUUACAAGUAUUAUUUUUGCGAGCUUUUGGCCCUGAUUAAUGUUAUUGGCCAAAUGUUCCUGAUGAACCGCUUCUUCGACGGCGCCUUCCUCAUGUUCGGCUUCGACGUGAUCGCCUUCAUCAACAGCGACCAAGAGGACCGUAUCGACCCCAUGAUCGAGAUCUUCCCUCGCAUGACCAAGUGCACCUUCUACAAAUACGGCGUUUCCGGCGACAUGGAAAAGCACGACGCGAUGUGCAUUCUCCCCCUGAACGUCGUCAACGAAAAAAUCUACAUCUUCCUCUGGUUCUGGUUCAUCAUCCUCGGAAUCCUCACCUUCUUCACCAUCGUCUACCGAGUGAUCAUCAUUUUCUCGCCCCGAAUGCGCGUCUACCUGCUCCGAAUGCGCUACAGACUGGUCCGGAAAGACGCCAUAGACCUUAUCGUGCGUCGGAGCAAGAUGGGCGACUGGUUCCUGUUCUACAUGUUGGGGGAGAAUGUGGAUUCGGUGAUUUUCCGGGAUGUUUUGCAGGAGUUGGCCAACAAACUGGCGAGGCAUAAUUUUCACCAUAUUCCCGGGUUCAAGGGGGAGAUACAGGAAGCGUGAAAGGCCGUGCCUUAGCUGCCUCACUGCCUACAGACGAUGUAACGACUAGUAUUGAGGUUAACAUUCCGAUAUUUGAUAGGAAUGGGCAAGGGCGAAGGUCGUGCAUCUCUGACAAAGCGUUAAAGCCAAAUAUUUAUUUUUACUAGAUCUGUGGACAAUAUUAUGUGCAAUUAUUGUUAUUGUUAUAAGUUAUCGUAUUAUCUUUUGUAUUUUUCGGAAAAUAAUAAAC